CCGCUGACAAAAAGUUGGUAAAUACAAUUAUGUCGCAAAUUUACUACAUGUAGGUGUAAUUUUAAUACACUUGCUACAUAUUUUCGAUUUACACAAGGGAUAUAUUAUAUUUACUUCAACACUAAAUUGAACAUGAAUACUAUUGUUGGAGCGAAAAGGAAGAAAAGGUUACGAAAGAUCCCAAAUAAAAAAUGGUCGGAGAAGGAAGUUGACAUUAUUUUAGAUUAUAUACUUCAGGCAAGUGUUUUCGAGCUGCCCAGUGCCCAAGCUUAUUACAGGGAAUUGAUUAAGCAAACAGGAAUUGAUGCUGAAUGGAAUUUACUUAGAUGGAAAGUGCGAAACAUGAGAAUUUCUUUGAGAAAGGCAAAUGACUGGUUAAAAUCCACCGAAUGUGAGCAAUUGGAUGGUCCGACAAAAGAAUAUGAAAUUGAAAAACGCGUUUUAAGUAUUUGCCCAUACUAUAAAAAACUAACUACAAUAUUUGGCGUAGAAUUUAGUAAAAGAAAAGCUGCAAAAUUUUCGAGCUGUAAUGAUGCAAACGAGAAUGAAACUGCAGAAUCCGAACAAUCGCUUUCAAUGAUUAUUGAUGACCCUGACAGCUCUUCUCAGAAUUUAAGUGAUAGUCCAAUAGCCAUUGCUCAAAUUGAAGAUUUCCAAGUGGAACAGGCGGAUGUUCAAACAUAUAAAGUAGAGUUUGAUUCAGUGAGCCACUUGGAGCUUGAUGAAGAAAAACAACUUGAGAAUAGUGAACUAAUUAAAAAGUAUAAAAGUGAAAAUAUAAAGGAAUUUGAACUAAGAAGAUAUGAAUUGGAGAAAAUCAAACUGCAGUUUGAAAAGGAGAAAUUUGAAAAGGAAAUGCAAUUGCAGGAGAAGCGCUUGAAGCUUGAAGAGGAAAAACUUAAAGUCGAGCAGAGAUGGCAAGAGAAAGAAUUUGAAUUAAAAAAAUUAGAAAUCGAAAAGAACGAAAGAAUAGCAAUGUAUGAAAUUGAUAAAAAAUAUCAAAACGCGUGAGAUUUCGUAGACAUACAAUCAGGUAUCAUAAGUAUGUAUGUACAUGUGAAUGCACAUUUGGUAAAAUCCCCGAUUCAUUGAGCUUAGAAAUGGAUGGCACUUGAAUACCACUUUGGCACGUCAAUUUGAACUUUCCACGGCUCAAUUUUGCUUGACUAUUUCACAGAAAACGGGAGUUGGGUUUAUAUCAAAGGAAUAAUCUUCGGGCAACGACUGCCAAUAUUUCUCAAAAUCCAUGUUGGACGUUGUGUACUACACAGUGGCAAUACAAAAUUACCGUAGUCGAAUGGGUUGGUGCGAGACUACCAUUCGGAGUACGUAUGUUUGAAUCUCCGUCCAUGAAACACCAAAAUGAAAAAGUUUUUUCUAAUAGCGGUCGCCCCUCAGCAGGCAAUGGCAAAGCUCCGAGUGUAUUUCUGCUAUGAAAAGGUCCUCAUAAGAAAUAUCCGUUCGGAGUCGGCUUAAAACUGUAGGUCCAUCCAUUUGUGGAACAACAACAAGACGCACGCCACAAAUUGGAGGAGGAGCUUGGCAAAAAACCCAAAAAGGGUGUAAGCGCUAAUUAUAUAUAUACAAUAUAUGUAAUACAAAAUUAAGGCAGUCUUCAGAAAAUUUAAGAAGCUCACUUAUAUUUUUCUAAACCCCCCUUCUGUCGUGCAAGUUUUUCAGUUUUGUCAGUGUGAAACUUGAAAGCAAUGGGCAAAGACAGCUCUUCCACAUGGUGAAAGUAGUAGUUGUUGUUGUAACAGCGUGGAUAUUUCCUAUAAAUGUUUGGGGGAUGCUGCCGGAUUGAAAUUCCUUGACAGGAUAUAAAUCCAGUGUAAAACCGAUUGUGUGGGAACGUUAACAGGCAACAUUGCGAUAGAAAGCUGUUGGUUCAUCUUGGCUCAGGGAUAAAUUAUUUAUUUCGAAUUCAAUACAUAUCGUUAUGUAAAUAUUAUAAAUUAUAUAAUUUAUAAAUAUGUUAGAACAAAUGUAAGAUAAAAUAUAAAUUAAAAAUAAACAAGUACGGAAGUGCUAAAUUCAGUUUGGUUCGGACUUUGUAUAUACCCAUUCAUUAUCAGAGUUCUUUUUGUAACCAGCCUUUUUUAAAUGGUUCAAAACCGUUUUAUGAUGAAUGUUUAG